AUGGAAAGCCCGCAGGCGAUCCAUAAAACCCUUCACUACCGGCGCGCACUCAGGGAUGAGAUCAAAGGGCAUUGUUUUCAGUUGACCCACAAAAUGGAGCAGUUAUUAGAUUACAAGACAUUUUAUGUGAUUUCCAAUCACAUCACACCAGAACAAUACCGUAAUCUGAAGAUUCUGUGUGUCUUCGGCGGCAUAUCCGUCAUAUACGUGACAAACGACGACAAAGUGUAUGGUUUUGGCAAUAAUAGCAACGGAUGUCUGGGUUUGGGCGCCGACUACAGGCGCAUACAUCGACCCGCACUCAACCCAUACCUGAGCGGCAAGUAUUUGGCUGAUGUUGCAAUCGGGAGACAGUUUUGUAUCGGACUGACAGCGGAUGGCCGGUGCUAUUCAUGGGGUGCCAACGAUUUCGGUCAACUGGGCGUCGGAUACGUCCAUAAAGAGGGCGCACCGAAACUCAUGAAGGGAUUGGCCGACAAACGAGUGAUCCGUAUUUGCGCCUCUCAGUACUUUGCACUGGCGUUGACUGAAUGCGGCCGAGUGUACGGCUGGGGCCGUAACUCGUUUGGCCUGUUGUGUGAACGCACCCAUCGUAUCACGUAUUACCCAAAAGAGUUAAUAUUUGACCACAAAAUUGCGGACAUUUCGUGCGAUUCAACCCACGCCAUGGCGUUGACAGACACGGGCCGAGUCUACACGUGGGGUAACAACAGAAACGGACAGUUAGGUCGAGGCUUAAAAAUAUUGGGAGAUAGGCGUCCGAUGUUAAGCACCGUUUGCGGUUCCGAUCACUCGAUGCUAUUGACCACCGAUGGAGAGGUCUAUGCGUUUGGUAUGAACUCAUACGGACAGGUAGGCAAUGGCAUCAGAGGCGCUCAGUUUCUGCUGAUACAAGUCUCGGAUCGGAUUAUAUUCAAAGAUAUUGUCACAAAUAAUAUGAGUAAUAUGUCUAUCGGUGUUGCCGUCGACGGCGAGUACUAUAUAUGGGGUGAAUGUGAAGACAAAUUAUAUUCAAAAUUCAAGACAACUUAUAAGACGAUUGUUUGUCCGGCAAUUCAUUUGACAAGUGAUUCAACUGAAUGUUCAGACAUUGUGUCCACCGAUUUAGACACACAAUCGCCGCAAGAAAUCACUUGUUUUGAUAAAAUGUUGGACAAGAAUUCAGGGAAUCGGGAAUCAAAAGAAAACGUGCCGACUAUUGACAGCACAGUUGAUGACAAAACAAUUAAACAAUCAUCGCUUCAGAACAUGGGUUCAAACAUAUCAAUCACUUCUUCGUUGAAUGCGACUAUAUUUCAACAAAAUCUGAGCCAAUCUUUCAAUAAUCCCGAAGACUCUGAUAUUGUGUUCCGAUUUAGGGAUCAACUGAUUUAUGGCCAUAAACUUAUCCUUAAGAUGCGAAACAAAAAGUUUUGGCACAAAUGCGAACACUAUAUGGACGCCGACGGCAAAGAGAUUCGUGUCAAACAAGCCGAUAUUGUCGACCAAUUGCUAACUCUGGCCAACAUUUAUGGCGAAGAAUCGCUGGCGAGUCUAUGCUCUCAGUUUAUGAUACAAUCCAUUGAUGUCUUCAAUGUGUGCCAACUCUACGCCAAAGCACUGGAUCUAAAGUGCGAAGAACUCGAGACCAAAUGCCAUCACUUUAUGGCACAAAAUAUGAAAGAAGUUUGUUUAACACAAGAGUUCUCAGAAUUUGACGGCGAGUUAGCCAAACAACUCAUUAUUCAGGCAUUCAUUGCAAACUAA